AUGGCUAAAUGUACCAAGAAGGUUGGAAUUGUUGGUAAAUAUGGAACACGUUAUGGUGCAUCCCUCAGAAAAAUGAUGGAGAAAAUUGAUAUUAGUCUGCAUGCCACGUAUACCUGCUUCUUCUGUAGCAAGACCAAAAUGAAGAGGAUGGCCUUGGGUAUUUGCCAUUGUGGAUCCUGUGUGAAAAUGAUAGCUGGUGGUUCAUGGACCUACAAUACCACCUCUGCAGUCACAGUCAAACUGCCAUCAGAAGACUGA